AAAGUUUAUUUACAUUCCUGCUCGGGGGAAAGUACGACUGUGGCCAGUUCGUGUGGUAUCGUUCCAUUUCAGAAUGUGUGUGAAAAUUGUGUGUUAAGCCUAUUAAAUCUAAAAAGAAGACAACCACAAGUCUCCUCGAGGUAUCGUGUAAAGAAAUUCGACGCCCAUCAUGAACUGCAAACCAAUUCUGACGUAUUCCGGUGAUGUUCGGGUGUUUAAAACGCUCGAACCACACAUCGUUGCAGCGCUACCGUCGGACACGGCAGAAUGGAAACGGUCCUAUGGGCGUCCGGUGAAGAACGUUCGCGUCGAAGCCACCUUCAAACCGUUCGACCAGACCGUCCUCGAACGGUACAAGGAUGGCAAGUGGAACAUCGUAGAUCACCCGGUGCUGCACAUCUACGUGACGGAAUGUAGCGACAUCGAAGCGUACCGGGCAUCGGUAAAGGAAGAGAUCGACCAAUGGCUCAAGGUGUUGAACAGCUACAACGUGACGGACUGGAUGAUACUGCUGGUCGAGACGUUGGAUAUGAAAAAGUCGAAAAACAUCCUACCGCGCACAACGGUGCUGGACAAGAUACGGCUCGACUUUGCCUCCAAGAACGGUGACCGCUGUUUGUCGAUCCUGAAUCCGGCCAAGUUUGAGAUGAAAGCGACCGAAUCGUUCCGUUGCUUGCUGCAGCGCAUCCGGCACCUGAUGCUGACGGGCUACAACAGAACGAUCGUCAAGUACGAGGAACUCAUUCGUACGAAUAGGGAAAAUCGCAUACAGGAGAAUUGGAGCUUCAUCGACUACUUUGUGCUGCAGGAGCAGCUGGCCUUCGUGCUGGAAAUGUUGGGCCAAUUUCCGGAAGCGUUGGUACAGUACGACGAGCUGGACGCGAUGUUUUCCCAGUUUAUCCUGAAUUCCGUUUUUGGCGAGAAACAAAAAUGGCUUCUUAUAUUCGACCAGCCGCUCUACGCCUUCCACGGCAUAUCGCUCAAUCCGGCCAAAAUGAUGGAAACUCGUGAUAAGAUCAUCUCUUGCAACGUGACACUGCUCGAGUUCCGCAGCUACCUCUUCGAACGCCAGUGUAUGCUACUGGAUGCCGCCGGCAAGCCGUGGGAAAUUGCCGAACGAUUGCUCCCCUUUCUGUUUUCUACGCUGCGUGAAAUCGAAGCCUUGAAGCUAGAAACCCCACAGGGUGCACUUGCGUGCUGGGAAUUUGUGUGCGCCCUGGAGGUGCUGAAUCUUUGCGAUAAGGUGCAGGAAUCGAAGGACAUUUACAAGUGUUCCCAAUAUUCCGCUCCCAUCUGGAACUUGGCGAAGGAGAAGCUGUACAUGCUGGGUAAACAGUGCGGAUUACUUCCCGGCUUUGUUCCCACGUCCGAACAGCUGCACACCGUCGUACAUUUGUCUGCCGGAAUGGGAGACAGUUUGCCCGAAACGGGUAACAGCGGAGGAUUGCGAAACCUCGAACCAGAACUAAGCGAACGAACGAAAUCCGCCCACUCACCUGCCAGAAAACCUAAAAAAUCAGCCACAGACACGCUGAAGGAAGCACUCGGAUCAAAUCAAGCCUUCACGAAGCUGUACCUCGAGCUGAGCGAGUUGGCGAUCAGCACGUACAAGCACGUGUCACGCCUGCGUUCAGCCAGACUGGUGGGGUUGGAUCUUGGCAACUUCUACAUCACGCUCAACGAACCACAGAAGGCGGUCAACUUCUUUACGGACGUUUUGCGCGAGCUAAAGUCGGAAAAUUGGCAUUAUCUCGCAAGCCAGACGCUGCUGGAUUUGGCCUCCUGCUACCGAAAGAUGGAGGAUAACGUGAACUACACGAAAACGUGCAGCACCAUCGCGUGCUGCCAAGAUUUAGAGUUGCUUGUGCGGACGUUUUACUUUGACGAAUUUACAAAAUCACUCAAAACGUUGCAAACGGUGCGCAACAUGGAUAUAAACGCGCUCAGCGUAAUCAGCACACUCGAGGAUCACUUCCAGGUGGUGAACGUGUCGCUGGACAGUACAUCGAUCGUGCAGGACGACUACAUCCUCGUUACACUCGAGCUGGAAAGUAAUUUUCCACGCGAACUCGUAGCCGAACAAGUGCUGCUUUCGUUCGAAAUGAACGCGAAGCAAUCGCUAGAACCGUCGGCAGCAAACGGUUCCACCGUAACGACCGCUACGAAAGAAGUUGGUUCCAAGCUGCCCAUCAUACUCCAUCUCGAUUACAAGCAGGAUAACACACUGGCCGGCUCGACGGUAGCGUGUGACAAUCUCGCCAAGCAACCGGUACGCCGAAGCAGUAGCACGCGGCGCAAAAUUUCGCCCACCCAGCGGUCCGACUUUACCAACUGUGUGUCCAGCGAAGCGCGGCUCGUCCUACAACCGGGCCGUAAUACGGUGACGCUCAGAACGAAAGCGACACGCGUUGGAACCUGGAGCUUCCGGCAGCUCUCGAUACAGGUCGAUGCGGUAGAGUUUCUGUCCGAAUCCCUGCCCGGCAGGAUGAGCAACUUUGAAACAAUCACGAAAGCGUCUGUCGCUACGAUGAAUUUCGUAAAUCUGGUCGCGGGCGUUGAGCAACCGGUAGAGCUGGUCAUAUCGGCAGGCAGUUUCCGCUUCCCGAAGGAUGCCACAGCGACGAUACGCUGUUCGAAGAAUCUGAAAAUGCGACUAGCAGAAGCAUCCGACCAGCAGCGUGCUUCAUUCGAAAAGGAGCUGGUUGUCCAGUUGACCGACUUUGCGCCGUUUGAAAAGCGUACAAUCGCGCUAGAAGCGAUCUGCGACCUGCCCGGCAAACGGGAGGAACGAGCUAUCGAGCAAAAGGUAUCGCUGCAGGUGCCGUGGAGUCGCAACGAAAUCACCAUCCCGCUGCACUUCAUGCCAGCCCUCAUCGCAUCCUGCCGGCUGCAUUCGUCCGGUGCACGCAAAUUUCUCCAGGUCGUGCUGAAAGGUGUCAGCGAUUAUCGGCUCGUGCUGUGCGAUGCGCGUAUGACCUGUGCGGCCGAAGGCGUGACCAUCAUUGAUAUUAAUCCACCCGAACAGCAGGAAACGGUAAUGAGCAAAGCGCUCUCGAUUUCGUAUCUGUACGAGUUUCAGGUUGAAGCAUUGAAGGCCCAAACGGAGCUGCCGAUCGUAAACGUCGAUUUUCGGAUGCGAUUUGCCGAUGCCGCCGUGCCGGAAGAAAGCCGCACCUAUCUGCCGUACAGCGUAACGUUCGACGUAAUGGAUUACACCACGCUGUUCACGAUCUGUGCGAAGGUAGAACCGCAGGAGUUGUGCCGCGUAAACUCCGUGUGUCACCUGAAUCUGCGCAUCUCGAAAGUGCAUGACAAUCCGUAUGCCGAUCUGAUGUACGAAGUGCUGACCGAUCAGAACAUGUGGGCCGUUGUUGGUCGUACUGCCGGAGUCAUCUCGAUGGAAGAAGUGGAAAGCCACAGCAUCACGCUCGAUGUGCUUCCGCUCACGGCCGGAUUUUUACCACUGCCCAACAUUCGCCUGUCGAAGUACAUUUCGGCGAACAAAUCCAAAAACGAUACCCACUCACGUUUACAACCGUUUCCGCCCGGUCAGAUCUACAACUCGACCAAAAGCAUGCAAAUCCAUGUCCUUGCUAGCACCAACAAUGACCAGCCCCAGUAGCGGAGUGCGACCGGAACAGUACGCGCGGUAUAAGAUGCCGGUGGACAGUACUGUAAAAGCUACUACAUGACGCAUUCCAACACCCGCUCCGGUUUAUUUACCAUGUCUAAGUUGCUACUAUUUAUUGUGUAACGAACGUUUCGUGUAGCAACUGCAGUUACGAAGUAAGCACAAUAUUUCGAAUAAAAUAAGCCACUGUUAUUUAUCGAGCCAGUAAAAAGUUAAA